AUGAGGUCACAAUGCUUCCUUCUGUCCUGUGGGCAGAGCAUUGGACACGAUGAGCAGGUGCAGAAAGGAAGUUCAAUGUUCCUCACAUUGGGACAACCUGGGGAACCAGAGAGAUUUGUCCCACAAAAGUGGGGAUGCCUCAAGGAGAGACCUGCCCAGAAGGAUUUGAAAAUGAAUGAGGAACCCUGGGGGUUGCUGACAAGGCUUCCACUUAGGAAGUGCUGUCUCUGGGACAGUGGAGGCAGUCACUGCUUAGGGCACCAGGAGACCACUUUCAGAAGGGCAGGCUGUGCACCUGAGACAACAGCUGAACCGACCAGAGGAGAAAGGUCAGGAUCCUGGGAGCCCGAGCUCAGGUUGGAGCUGAAGGUGGUGGUAGCCAGGACAGACCACAGAAAAGUUUCCUGCAGGGAAGUGGCAGUGGCCUCAGGAAACCGGGCAGAGAAGAGCCAGGGGCCAUCUGAGUUCUCAAACCUCUCCAGGCUCCUCUCUCAAGUGAUGUCGCAGCCUGCACCUGUUCCUCUCACCAGGGCAGGAGGAAGGCCCUGGCCACCCAGCGAGCAGACACUGUCACUAUUUAGAGAAAGAGUGGCAUGGGAGGGAAAACUGCAGAAGGAACAGAAAACUCAGUGCCAUGGACAACUCUUUUAUUGUGAACAUGGCACCUUCUGAUCCAGAGCCUAUCAACUUCCAGAGCUCCUCUCUCUCUCUCUCUCUCUCUCUCUGUCUCUCUCUCUCUCUCUCUGCACAUGGCUGACUGGUCAGAUUUUUACUAGGCAUUUUUGAAUUGAAAUAUAUUAAUUAAAA